AUGAGUUGCAUAGUGUGGAACUGCAGGGGGCUUGGGAACCCUCUCGCAGUUCAAGAGCUUGUGGAUUUGGUGCAAGCAAAAGCCCCCUCUGUCGUGUUUUUGGCCGAGACACUGGCAGAUGAAGCUAGGCUAGAUUACGUGAAAGACAGAAUUCGUUUUGAUAAGAAAUUUUUUGUCCAGAGAGUAACUAGAGGCGGAGGUUUGGUGUUGUAUUGGAAGAAUGACAUAGAAGUUGAAGUUGAAUCAUCUUCACUGAACCACAUAGAUGCUGUCAUAAACAAAAGUUCGGGCAAAGCCUGGCAGUUUACCGGUUUUUAUGGCAAUCCCGAAAAUCAUAGAAGGAGUGAAUCUUGGGAUUUACUUCAUCAGUUGCAUGGUAGAAACUCCCUUCCGUGGUUAUGUACAGGAGACUUUAAUGAGAUUGUUAAACAAUCGGAGAAGUCAGGGGGACGAUUAAGACCUCAAAAUCAGAUCAAAAGAAAAAAGAUAUUCCGUUUUGAAGAAGUUUGGCUGUCAGAUAAAGGUUGUGGGGAUACGGUUGAGAGUGUAUGGUUAGCUACUUAUGAAGGGAAUGAAGACACAAGGGUGAUUAAGAAAAUUGAAGUUUGUGGGGCUGAAUUGAACAAGUGGAGUCGUGACCACUUUGGGAAUAUAAAAAGAGAUUUGGAAAAAAAAAGAAAAGAGUUAGCUAAAGCAAAGCGUGUGGCUGUUCAGGGGGGUGGUUCAGACAAGAUGUGGCAAAUAAAAAAAGAAGUUAAUGCUCUUAUGGAUAAGGAGGAACGGCUAUGGAGACAAAGAUCCCGAACUUUGUACUUAAAAGAUGGUGACCGUAACACUAAGUUUUUUCACUGCCGUGCAACUCAAAGGAAGCGGAAAAACUUUAUCCCUGGUAUUGCAGAGUCUUUUCUGAAGUAUUUUUCUGAGUUGUUUACCUCUUCAAAUCCCGAUCCCUUAGUAGGAGAGUUGGAGUCUAUUCCUCAGGUGGUGACUGAGGAGAUGAAUACCAUUUUAAUAGGUGAUUUUCAAGCUUGGGAAGUUGAGGUUGCUUUGAAACAAAUGGCCCCAUUAAAAGCCCCUGGUCCUGACGGAAUGCCUCCGCUUUUCUACCAAAACUUCUGGAAUUUGGUAAGCUCUGAUGUUACUAGUACUGUGUUGCUUUUUUUGAACCAAGGUACUUUGCCUAAUUCUCUAAAUCACACUUUUAUUACUUUAAUCCCCAAGAAAAAGAACCUGGAGUUUAUGACUGAAUAUAGACCCAUUAGUCUUUGCAAUGUACUUUACAAGAUUUUUUCAAAAGUAUUAGCAAAUAGAUUGAAGAGAGUCCUUCCUCACAUUAUUUCAGAACAUCAAAGUUCUUUUUUGAAAGGUCGUUUGAUAACUGAUAAUAUAUUAGUGGCUUUUGAGACUCUUCAUUACAUGAAAAAUCAUAACUCUGGAAAAUCAGGUUUUAUGGCGCUCAAGUUAGAUAUGAGCAAAGCCUAUGAUCGGGUUGAGUGGUCUUUUCUUAGAGACAUUAUGAAGCAAAUGGGUUUUAGUGAUAAGUGGAUAGCCCUAGUCAUGGAAUGUGUCACAACUGUCUCAUAUUCACUCUUGGUAAAUGGGGAGCCCCAAGGCAAUAUCAAACCUAGUAGAGGUAUUCGCCAAGGGGAUCCACUUUCACCAUACCUCUUUCUUUUAUGCUUUGAGGGGCUGCAUAGACUUAUCCAGAGAGCAGCAAAUUUGGGUGAGAUCCAAGGAGUUUCCAUAUGUCGUAAUGGUCCUAAGCUAACACACUUGCUAUUUGCAGACGAUAGCCUUUUAUUUUGCAGAGCUACUAAGCAAGAUUGCCGAAAGGUGCUGGAGAUUCUCUCUUCUUAUGAGAAGGUUUCGGGGCAAAAAUUAAAUAGAGAGAAGACUUCUCUCUUUUUCAGCAAAUCAACGGCUAGUGAUAUGCAAAAUUAUAUUAUGGCUGAAUUUGGGGUAGCCGAAGUGAAGCAUUAUGAGGAAUAUCUUGGGUUGCCAACAUUGGUGGGAAGGAAUAAAAGGGCAAGCUUUGACAAGUUGAAACAACGAGUUUGGAAGAGACUCCAAGGGUGGGAAGGGAAGUUGUUGUCUCAAGCCGGUAGAGAAGUCCUUAUAAAAUCGGUCAUCCAAUCAAUCCCAACUUUUACCAUGAGCUGUUUCAAGCUUCCGGUUACUUUGUGUCAAGAGUUUGAAUCACUCACCAGAAAAUUUUGGUGGGGACAAAGGGGGGAGAGAAGAAAAAUCCAUUGGGUGAGAUGGGGGGAGUUGUGUAAGCACAAGGAAGUAGGUGGUAUGGGUUUUAAGGAUUUAACAAUGUUCAACGACGCAAUGCUUGCCAAGUUAGCUUGGCGACUCCUUAAUGACGAUAAGUCUCUCUUUUAUAGAGUCUUUAAAGCUCGGUUUUUUCCUAAUGGUACACUCCUUGAUGCUAAAGAAUCAACCUCAGCAUCCUAUGCGUGGAAAAGUAUUCUAAAAGGGAGAGAUGUGAUUUCUAGAGGGGCUCUUUGGAGAGUUGGGGAUGGCAAACAGAUCAGAAUUUGGGGGGAUAACUGGUUGCCUAUUAAAAACAAUGCCAAAAUCACCUCACCAGUAUUGUAUGGGCAGGAGAAUUCAUGCGUAGCAGCUUUGAUUGAUCAGCCAACCAAACAAUGGAGAACUGACGUGAUUGAUCAUGUCUUCAGUAAUGAUGAUGCAGAAGCAAUUAAGAGCAUCCCUCUCAGUUCAUCGCAGCAACAAGACACUCUCAUUUGGCCAUUUACGCCUUCAGGGCAAUAUUCAGUCAAGUCGGGAUAUCGGUUUCUAUAUGAAAGGGAGAAUACGAAUCAGGUGGCAGCUGUAAAUCCUGGUUUUUGGAGAAACAUAUGGAGUUUGGAAGUCCCUAGCAAGGUUGCUUGGAUGGUGGAUCCUCAAUGGAGCUGGCUGGCAACGAUGAAUGGGAAAACAGCAAUGGAGAUCUUCGAGCGUGCAUUCAAUGAAAAUAGAGAUCCAUCACUACUAGCUUUCAUGACUUGGUCUAUAUGGAACAGACGGAACAAGAUCCGACUGAGCGAAGUAGCAUAUCCAGUACAUCACAUCGACCAGCUGUCAAAAGAGAAGAAAGCUGAGUUCCAAAAUCUCCACCCUAUCAGACUGAAACAACAAGAGGUGAUGCACACGAAGUGGAAACUGCCAGACCUGGGAGCUUUUAAGGUGAACUACGACGGUGCAACAUUCGCAGGAACAGGGAUAGCUGGUAUUGGAGUGGUUAUCCGCAACUUUGAAGGAGCGGUUUUGGCCUCUCUGUCGCAACAAAUCCAUCAACCAACUACUGUGGCACAGGUGGAAACACUUGCAGCAAGACGAGCAGUUGAAUUUGCUUUAGAGAUUAGUGUUACCUCAGCCGUUUUCGAAGGGGACUCAGACACAAUCUCAAAGGAACUAAACAACCCUGAACAAUCUUUAGCACUCCAUGGACAUUUGAUUGAAGAUGUUAAAGUCUUAACUUCUUUUUUCAAUAGUUUCAGUUUUAUUCAUGUACGCCGACAAGGCAAUAAGGUCGCUCAUGCAUUGGCUAGGUGGGCUAUUAACUCGCCCUCUUUAACUGUCUGGAUGGAAGAAGUACCAUCAGACAUUUCACAUGUAGUUCAGGCUGAUUUAGCCACAAAUAUCCAAUAA